GUUGGAAUGCUGUGACAUUCACACAAACGACAGAGUGAUUCGUUGCCACAAAGCUCUCUCUCUCUCUCUCUAGGGUUCCGCUCAUUCAUACGCACACAAACACACAGUCUCUCUCUCUCUAGAGCUCCACUCAUUCAUACACACACGUACACACACACUCUCUCUAGAAGUUCGAGCGUUCGGACUGGUUGUUGUUGUUGAUUCGAUCGAGAGAGAUUGCGAACCACUGUGUUCGUAUAUCGAUCUGGUAGUUUUUCGAAAUCAAUUUCGAAUUCUUUUAGGGUUGAUUGUUCCGAUCGGAUCGGAGUUAGAAUAGUCGAUUAGCAUCAUGUUUUUGGUCGAUUGGUUCUAUGGUGUACUUGCAUCUCUCGGUCUGUGGCAGAAGGAGGCCAAGAUCUUGUUCUUGGGACUCGAUAAUGCCGGCAAAACAACGCUGCUUCAUAUGCUCAAAGAUGAGAGAUUGGUUCAGCAUCAGCCAACCCAGUACCCAACUUCUGAGGAGCUUAGCAUUGGGAAAAUUAAAUUCAAGGCUUUUGAUUUGGGAGGGCAUCAAAUUGCCCGAAGGGUUUGGAAAGAUUAUUAUGCUAAGGUGGAUGCCGUAGUUUACCUGGUGGAUGCUUAUGACAAGGAGCGGUUCGCUGAGUCAAAGAAAGAGCUGGAUGCCCUCCUAUCUGAUGAGUCAUUGGCGACCGUUCCUUUCCUGAUCCUGGGUAACAAGAUCGAUAUCCCAUAUGCUGCAUCAGAAGAAGAGCUCCGUUACAACAUGGGCUUGGAAGGCAUAACCACUGGCAAGGGGAAGGUAAACCUGGUAGACUCCGGUGUCCGUCCUAUCGAGGUCUUCAUGUGUAGCAUUGUGCGUAAAAUGGGUUACGGGGAUGGCUUCAAAUGGGUCUCUCAAUACAUCAAGUAGGGAUCUAUGAAAAGUGAGAUUUUGUUCCUGUUUAGAAGUGUUAUUUCCCGCAGGAAUUGUGUUGGACAUAUCUGUUUGAAACCACUGUUAGAUGUAUUUUUUUCUGGUUUGUUUUUUCUGGUGAAAUGACAAACGUUUAAUGAUGCUUGUGAUUUGAUGUUAUUUGAAGAACACCAACUUUGUUGGAA